GCCAUCAGCACGGAGGAAAAGACGCACAAAGAAAUCAAUCGCGACGGCGCCGGUUGAGGAAUGAGUGAGUGAUGUGAUCCGAAUCUCUGUCCCUCCCUGCGACGAUAUAUGACGCCAGAGCUUUGGCAGCGAUCUUCUCCGUCGUAAUUCCAUUUCCCGCGUGCAAAAGCUUCGUCUCUCCCGCGCUUCAAGUCGUGUGGGUCUAAUUGAUGCGCCAUGACUUCUUCACUACUCUGGGGUCUGCAACUUGAAGACAGAGCAGCGGCGACAUUGGUUGAACCGAUUCACUCACUAGGUGGUUCGGCUCGUAAUCAAACCGGAUUUUGCGGCUGUGAAUGAGUCGCCGGCUGGCCGUUGACUGGAUCAGUACAGUGAGACUUCCAGCCCGAAUGCUAAGCUCGUCAAUCGCGAAACGGCGGUACAAAACCCAUAUGUACUGCCAGCAUCUCCGACAAGCCUUCCUGAAUUCAACCCGAACAGUCGUCGUUGCCGCCUCUCCCUCUUCCCGCCGCCGACUGGAUUCAAAUGUCCUGUCGCGGGCGAAUCGGAUGAAGCUCGUGAUGCAAUUUGGUGUGGGGCUUGAAGUUUCGACAUUGAUGCUGCUACAACAUGUGGGAUCAGAGUAGCUAGAAUCCCUAGUGAUGUGACUGGCAAUGCGACAUCUUGUGCAGAGAUGAGUAUAUAUCUGAUGUUGGGUCUUCUUCGCAAGCAGCACGAGCUUCAAACUGCAGUGCAGCAAAAAAAAGCUUGGAGAACCAAUUGGUGACACUUUAUUUGGCAACACGGUAUUCAUUUUGGGAUAUGGAAAUAUAGGGAUUGAGUUGGCUAAGCGAUUGAAGCCAUUUGGUGUGAGAAUUAUUGCCACGAAGAGGAGUUGGGCGCUGCAUUCUAAUGGUGGCAUCAUACAUGAUUUGGUUGACGAGAAGGGUAGUCAUGAAGAAAUUCACAAGUUUGCUGGCAAAGCCGACAUAGUUAUUUGCUGCUUAUGUAUGAACAAAGAAACAGUAGGUAUAGUGAACAACUCAUUCUUAUCUUCAAUGAGAAAGGGUUCCCUUCUGCUAAACAUUGCUCGAGGAGGCUUACUAGAUUACUAAGCUGUUUUCGACCACCUUAAGUCGGGACACUUAGGCGGCUUGGGCAUUGACGUUGCAUGGACUGAGCCAUUCGAUCCUGAUGAUCCAAUGUAAAAGUUCAACAAUGUCAUCAUCACUCCACAUGUAGCAGGGGUUACAGAACACUCAGUACAGAUCCAUGGCUAAGGUCGUCGGAGAUGUCGCCCUUCAACUACAUGCAGGGUAUCCUUUGACUGGCAUCGAGCUUGUGAGCUAACGAAAGCUUACGAUCGACUUCCCAGUUAUAUCUUCAACACGGCAGUGGGCUUUCCCAGUGCCAUCUCCAUCCUCAUCACUGCCGAAGGAGGAGUGUAAGUGUAUAAUGGUUGGCGAAGUCGAGAAGAAGAGCAGAGUGACUCGUGUUCUGUUUUGCGGGCCUCAUUUUGCUGCUUCCCAUAACUACACCAGGGAGUACUUGGCUAAGUACCCUUUCAUUCAGGUUGAUGAUGUUCCUCUCUGUGAAGUACCCAGUGUCAUAGCCAACUACCACCUCUGCGUGGUGAAGACGAUGCAGCUGGAUGCAAACGUUCUGUCUCGGGCGAAUCAGAUGAAGCUCGUAAUGCAAUUCGGUGUUGGCCUUGAAGGUGUGGACAUCGAUGCUGCUAGGAAACGUGGAAUCAGAGUAGCUAGAAUUCCGAGUGAUGUGACUGGAAAUGCGACAUCUUGUGCAGAAAUGAGUAUAUACUUGAUGCUGGGUCUUCUUCGCAAGCAGCAUGAGCUUCCAAGAGCAGUUCAGCAGAAAAAGGUUGGAGAACCAGUUGGCGACACUUUAUUUGGGAAAACGGUCUUCAUUUUGGGAUUUGGAAACAUAGGGACGGAGUUGGCUAAGCGAUUGAAGCCAUUUGGUGUGAGAAUCAUCGCCACAAGGAGGAGUUGGCUGCCGCCUUCUAAUGGUAAUCUCUUCAAAAUAUCUGCAUCAUCUCAAGGUUGCAUCAAUCAUGAUCUGGUUGACGAGAAGGGUAGUCAUGACGAAAUUCAUGAGUUUGCUGGCAAGGCCGACAUAGUUGUUUGUUGCUUGCGUAUGAACAAAGAAACAGUGGGCGUAGUAAACAAAACAUUCUUAUCUUCAAUGAGAAAGGGUUCCCUUUUGGUGAACAUUGCUCGAGGGGGUUUGCUGGACUACACAGCUGUUUUCGAGCACCUUAACUCGGGACACCUGGGCGGCUUGGGAAUCGACGUGGCAUGGACCGAGCCGUUCGAUGCUGAUGAUCCAAUCCUAAAGCUCAACAAUGUCAUCUUCACUCCUCAUGUUGCAGGGGCUACAGAGUACUCGUACAGGUCCAUGGCUAAGGUUGUCGGAGAUGUUGCUCUUCAACUCCAUGCAGGGGAUCCUUUGACUGGCAUCGAGUGUGUAAACUAGACGAAAGCUUAUUCUCAACGAAUCAACGCUUUACCGAUAUCUCGAUCUUCAGCAUUGCUAGGGGGUUUUGUCAGAAGGAAUCACCAGCAGCAAUGUCUGAUGCUUUCUGUAGCUGCCCUUUCAUUAUCUAAUGUUUUCCAGCAAUCCUGCCUCCUUUGUGAGCUUAUCAACAGGUUUCCCA